AAACUCAAAUCUUACUUUCCCGUCGAGAGGGGGUCUCCGGGCCUCCUUACACGACCUUGAAGCAUUCGAACUCUUGGUAGUCCUACAUCCACGGGCCGAGUGCAGAUGAGGCUUUUGGAAAUAAAAGCCAUUAUCGACUGGGACAAGGACGUUAAGGAAGCUACAUUCCAAACCCAAGUGUUGGAGGAACGCGAUGACGCGGUGACAAGUUAUGCAAUAUUGUCCCACCGCUGGCAGGAUGGGCAUGAGGUGGACUACAAUGAGAUGACCAAUCUGAUGAAGAUGGACGAAGAGGAGAGGAAGAAGGUCAAGCAGCGUAACGGUUACAAGAAGAUCUUGGCGAGUUGCGAGCAGGCCAUGAGGGACGGCUUCGAGUGGCUGUGGGUGGAUACUUGCUGCAUUGACAAACGCAGCAGUUCGGAGCUAUCUGAAGCCAUCAAUUCGAUGUACCGAUGGUACGAAAACUCGACCAAGUGCUACGCGUACCUCCAUGAUGUCGACAGCACCACCUUUCCCACCAAACAAAACUCCGGGCGAUUUAGCAAGUGCAAGGGCUGGCCAGAGUGGUUCUCCCGUGGGUGGACCCUUCAGGAGCUGAUAGCUCCGAGAGUCGUUCAAUUCUUCAACAAGGAAUGGGCGCCCAUCGGCAACAAGCGAGACCUGGCAGACACCCUAGAGAAAAUCACCUGCAUUUCGAAAAAUAUUUUGAUAUCUGGCAUGGAUUCGGGUGUCCGCAGUGCGGCUCAGAUCAUGUCGUGGGCUGCUGAUCGAGAGACAACUCGAGCGGAAGAUCGGGCGUAUUCAUUGUUGGGGUUAUUUGGGGUGCACAUGCCAAUGAUGUACGGGGAAGGGAAGGGAGCCUUUCAACGUCUCCAGCUAGAAAUCAUUCGGUUAUACAAUGACCAUAGCCUCUUUGCCUGGGACCCGGAAGGAAGGAUGCGGCGGUGUGGUAGCAUUCUGGCCGAUGACCCAAGCUACUUUCGGGAUUGCGACGGCAUCUGGAGCAUGGAGCCCAAGUGGUUCGUCUCGCAACUGAAAUCUCAUAUGCGAGAUCGUUCGGCUGGCGUCGUUGGGAAAGUCAUGCCUGCAAACUUGAUGAAUUUUACUUUUCUGACAGUACGCGGACAUGCUCUAAUUAAAGAACUCAGUACAUGUUCUGUUGGCAGUGGUGGUCUACAAAUAUCGCUGCCCAUUGCACCCUAUCCUAGCUCGAAUUCGUCCCCGCCCCUAUUUAGGGCCACGCUGGCAUGUGUUGCCUCUUUAGCAGGUCCCCUGAUGACAAUUGACUUGGUAUCCGACUCCACCCGCUAUUACAGAUUUUUUGGGGCAACAGGAGAACUCACGACGUUUCCCCGGGUCAAACAAGUCUUUCUUUCUUAUUGCCAAGGCGAGUUACGGUCACGUCGUACACUCAUACUUGAUGAUGGAACCGUCUCCUUCUACGGCUUCACGCGAUGCGGUACCUUCCCGAGUGGUAUUGUCGGAAACUCCGUGAAACUAUCGGGAAUGAACGACCUGAUCGUCGUAAUUUAUGCCAACGACAAAGCUGAUGUUCGUUUUGCAGUGGGAUUUGGGUACUACCUUGGGAACCCAUGGACCCAUGUCAUCUACGAUGAAAGCCGCCUCACGCCGUGGAAAGAUUAUGCCAAGAAAGCAUAUGGUUCAUUGUCGACCAGCCAGGCGGAUCUCGCUCGUAAUACAUCAGAUUACGACGUUACCACUUCUGACACUGCAAGCUUCAUCAAGCAUGCCCAUCUCCCCCGAUCGAUUUGGGCUGCGAGGACGACGUGGGGCGUCUGGAACAGGGGCAAUUGCACAGUCAUCAUUGAUAUCGUGGUCUGCACCGGUUGUUGCCGCGGUCCACUUGCAUUGAAAACUUCGACCGCUGACUGGAGUGGCGUUGAAAAUCCAGGAUUUAUGCAACAGGCCCUUUCAACGCCCCGAGUUUGGUGUCGGGAUGCAAUCGAUGAUAAGCGGCGGACACAGUUCAAAGAAAUCCGGUGGGGCCUUUUCAACUGCUGUUGACGACUGGCUGAUUCCAAUGUAGGGAACGGUUUUACACCUUGCUAAAUUGGGUAGAUUUCUGUGCUUUUCGUCCCGCAUGUCCUCAAACGUUGC